UAGAUUAUUUUAAGUUCUCUUCUCUCCUUCAUUCUUUGUUACCUCUCUUAUUUUUUGUCUUAUUCAUGUUGCUUUUCAUUUCAUAGGUUCUCUAAUUUAUUUUCAAUUCAAACCAAUUUGAUGUACUCUGACACUUUAGAAAGAGAAAUAAUAAUAAAAAUAUAGGCAAAAUCUUAUCUAUUCCAGAUUUCUCUCUAACUUUUUACUCUGGAUUCUGCCAUCUUCAUCCUAUCUCAUCACUUUGCCGGUACCGUAUUUGUUUUCUUCCUCUCAUCACUUUUCUGCAGCACAAGUACGGUAUUGCUUUUCUUCCUCUCAUCACUUUUCUUCCUCCCAUCACUUUACAUAUUUCACAUUUUUCACAAUCUAUUCAUCACUUCUCUCCUGUAAAGAACCGGUGAAUGCAUUUGUUCUUCUUCUUCCUUAGUCUUCUACAACUCAUCAAGGUAUGGCACGUAAGACUAGCUUGAUUGCUGAAGUUGAUGAUUCAAAAGAAACAUGGAAAUUGGGAGUAAGAAUAACUAAUCUUUGGGUUGUUGAGAAGUCAUCGAAAGUGAAUGCCAUGGAAAUGAUAUUUAUGGAUCAAAAGGGAGGAAAAAUUACAGCUGUAGUGAAAAAAUUCGAUAUUGACAAGUGGAAGUCAAUGCUUAAGGAGGACAACACUUAUAUUGUUCAAAACUUUGAGGUUAACCACAAUGAUGGUCAAUUUAGGACUUCAAAUCAUCCUUACAAAUUAGUUUUCAUGAAAGGGACAAUAGUGCAAGCGCGUCAAAUUCCUGAAAUACCUCAUAAUAUUUAUCACUUCACUCCCUUUGAUGACAUCUUAGCGGGAGGUGCAUCUACUGAAGUGUUAGUAGAUGUGAUCGGUGAAUUGUCAGAUGUCGUACAAAUUCAAAAAGAGAGUGUGCCAAAAAGGGUGGUAUUGGUCUUAAAGGAUGAAAGGAACAAUACUCUUCAUUGUACUUUGUGGGAGAACUAUGCAGCUAGGAUGAUAAGUUUUCUGGAAACACAUGUAGAAGGUCAUGUUGUCAUAUUGCUUUCUCUUGCAAAGAUAAAAGAGACAAAUGGGAAAUAUCCAACAACCAUCCAAAACUCAAUGUAUUGUUCGAAAUUGUUCAUUGAUGAACCUCUUGCGGAGAUUCAGGAGUAUAAAAAUAGGUUGGGCUCAAUAUGUGUCAAUGAAUCUUACAGUAAAAAAAUGUCUCAAUUCUCUUCAUGCUCUCAAUUUACAAGUGAAGAGAAAUUUGUGCAAAAUGAUAUUGUUAAAAGUUUGUCUCAGCUUAAUGAGGUUCAGAAGGAAUGCUAUGUAGUAACUGUUGCCAAAAUAGAUAAAGUGUGUGUUGGAAAUGGUUGGAGCUAUGAAGCAUGCUUUAAGUGCAAUAGGAAGGCAGAUUGUUCAAGUCUACCAUUCACUUGUCCAAAAUGUGGGAAAAAAAACACUGAAACAGUUCCAAGAUUUAGGGUUGAAGUUAUGGUAUCCUAUAACAAUAAUAGUUCAAAAUUUGUGCUGUGGGAUCGAGAGUGUAUCCAAUUAGUGAAGCAAACUGCUAUUGAUCUUAAGAAGCAACUUCUUGAUGAAGGUGAAUUUGAUGCAAUGGCUGUUCCAGAACCAAUUGAUUGCAUUCUUGGAAAACUGUUUGCCUUUAAAGUUAAGGUUCAACCCGGCUACAAACAGUUUUCUGUCACAGGAGUUUCUGAUAAUGAAAAGACCAUUGAAAGCAUAAGGGACAAAUUGCAAGUUGAUGAGGAUUCCCUAAUGAGCAAGAAAGGGAAAUCAAUUAGCUCCUUCCUCAAAGAAGAUGAUGCAUAUGAGAUUCAAUCAUUGUCUGCAACAGCUGAUUCUGAUACUACAUCAAUAGGACAUUGUACUCCUGCUAAGAGAUUGUCAAAGGAUACACUAGAUGAUGAUUUUGCAUGCCAAGAUUUGCCUUCUGUUCAACUCUCUUCUUCAAAAGUCACAAAGCACAUCAAAACUGAAUGAUAUGCUUCAUUUAUUAUUAUUAAGAUGAAGCUUAUGAGUGAAACUUCUUUUUGCAUCUUUUGGCUAGAAUAGAAACUAACCAUAGUUGUUAGAAACAGUUGAAUCAGUAACUGUGGCUUUUUUGUAAUUAGAUGCUAUAUAAUCUUUUUGUAAUUAGAUGCUAUCUAAACUGUUUAGCCAGUAUUGACUUCACUAUGUGGAAGAUGUUUUCCAGCUCACUUUAUUAUAUGGAGUGAAUAUAUGUCUUGGAACCUUGUAUUAAUUUUAAUUUUAAGUUUGUAUUAUUUAAUCUA